AUUCAUUUAUUCUCAGAGCCCUGCUUACCUCCAUUUUUCCUUUCUUUCUCUCUUCCUCCGUUUGAACUGAUUUUACCAAUCUGCCCCUGGAAACCUGCCUUUACCAUACCUAUUAUACUCCCCACCAGAUCCAUUUUCAGUCCCCGUCUCCAUUUUAGUUUUGCCAUCUCCUUUUUCUCCAAUCCGUUUCCGCGAUCUGAUUGUCUCAUCGGAAAAGCACAAAUCUAUAUACACUCCGGCCGAUCGAGUAUUUGCAUUUGCGGUUUUCGAUUACGUUCACUUUCCUGAGGUUUAAGAGGCUACCUGGUUUCUGUUAUAACAGUUGUAAUCUGAAAUAUGUUGGGAACGGGAUUACAGGCGACGCGAGCUCGCGGAGAGGAUCGGUUUUACAAUCCGGCCAGAGCGCGUAGGGCACACCAGAACCAGAAGGCCGCCGAGCAACUCCGCCGAGCUCAGAGCGACGUGACGCCCAGUCAAUCGCCUUCGCUCAAGGGGAGCAACCCGAGCCGGGAGCCGGAGAACCGGGCCGGUUCGGGUGAGCAUCAUCCCAAACCGGCUGCCGUGCCCGCUGGCGAGCCGGGUGUAAAGCCGUUGAGUAAUCUGGAGCGGUUCGUGCGGUCCAUCACGCCCUCAGUUCCGGCUCAGCACCUCUCCAAGACGACGAUGAGAGGAUUGAGUGCAUGUGACGUAGAGUUUCAGCCGUACUUUGUUCUUGGUGAUCUGUGGGAGUCUUUUAAGGAGUGGAGUGCUUACGGUGCCGGAGUGCCUCUGAUUUUGAAUGACAGUGACUCUGUGGUUCAAUAUUAUGUCCCUUAUUUAUCCGGUAUUCAAAUAUACGGAAACUCUGUCAAGUUGUCAGCUAAGUCGAGGCGACCAGAUGAAGAUAGUGACAGUGAUUUUAGGGAUUCUAGUAGUGAUGGUAGCUGUGAUUUUGAGUCGGAUACGAUAAAAUAUUUGAGAGAGCAACGGAAGCAUCAAGUGUUGUCUAGUGAAAUUCCUCAAAGGUUAGAAAGAAUAGCUCUGAGAGAUCAGCAUUAUCCACUCCAAGAGGAUUGCUCUAGUGAUGAGGGUGAACCUGUUAAUUCACAAGGUUGCUUAUUAUUUGAGUAUUUUGAACGUGAUCUUCCUUAUUGCCGUGAGCCUUUAGCUGAUAAGAUACUAGAUCUUGCAUUUCGUUUUCCUGGGCUGAAGACAAUAAGAAGUUGUGAUCUACUUGCUUCCAGUUGGAUUUCUGUUGCAUGGUAUCCAAUUUACAGGAUUCCAACAGGACCAACUUUAAAGGAUCUUGAUGCAUGCUUUCUGUCAUACCAUUCCCUGUUUACCCCCAUGGGAGGUGUACAAGACCCUCGAGCUCCUGUAGUGACAUAUCCGAGUGACAUGGAUAGCAUCCCUAAGAUGUCCUUGCCUGUAUUUGGUCUUGCUUCAUACAAGUUCAGAGGGUCCUUGUGGACUCCUAGUGGGGGUUUGGAACGACAAUUAGCAAACUCCCUCUUGCAAGCCACUGAUGACUUUCUAAGGCUGCUUCAGGUCAAUCAUCCAGAUUUUCUGUUCUUCAGCCGUCGGUGAUAUCAAGACACAAAUGUGAUGCUGCUGCCACUCUAGAAGUUGAAGCCUGGUUGCUUUUUUAACAGGUAGAAAGUUGCUUGUUUGCUGUAUCCAGUGAAACUCAAGGUGGCAAGUUGGUUUUUGGUGAUUUUCUGUUUUGGGUUUCUGUUAUCUACUGAAAAGACGAAAGGCAAAAAAAAAAAAUGAAUGAAACUUAUAGAAAGUGAACCUUUGACAUGUUAUGCUGGCUAUGUGAAAUAUAGA